AUGCCGCAUAUCCAUGGGACGCAUGUUGUGUCCCAUGAGGACCACUCCUCAGUAGAUCCUUCACGCGAGUCCUUGAACCGUCAUUCGCGACGCCGCCGCCGACGGACCCACGAGUCCGACGUCGAAGCGCAAGACCGCUCUCCCGCGUCCGCCAAUGCGCAAAACCCAACCCAACCACACGUCCACAUCCAGGAGGACCCCAAGGUGAAAGAAUAUCAAAGUCACCGCCAGGAGAAAGAUGAUGGUGACCAAGAUCUCCAUCGCACAGACACGAACACCUCCAAGACGACGGCGAAGUCGGUACGCAGGAGGGGCCGCUCCGACACAGCCAACAAUGUCAUCUACGGCACGGAAGAGCUGGGCAGGACUACUGGCUGGGCGCCCGGACUUGAACCCGGAAUCGACACCAGCAAGCCAGCGCCACCGUACAGCGAGGGGCCGCAGGAACCUCUGCCGCACGAGAGCCUCAAGCAGCGAUGUGAAAUAACCGUGGUGGACUUCAGCAGCGACCAAGUGUCGACGUAUGACCUGGACAACGAUAACAUUGAAGAAUUCCUGCAAGCCGCGCCUGCCCCCUGGGCGGAUGUCCGAUGGAUCAAUGUCAACGGACUGUCGUGGGACGUGAUCAGGUUGUUGGGGAAUUACAAGGGGCUGCACCGACUGGCCAUUGAAGAUCUGCUCAACACCAAGAACCGGACGAAAGUGGACUGGUACAGCGACCACACAUACAUGGUUCUGCCGCUACAGAAGCUCAUCGGCCUCGAGGAUGAAGAAGAGUCUUCCUCCUCCUCGUCCGACGACGACUCGGACUUCGCUGCGGGCGAGGAACAUGAAUCGGAAUUUGGCGCCAAGAUCAUCACCGAGCGUCAAAGGCGGCGGCACGAGCAGAAAAGAAGGAAAGGCGCGCUCCGGUCUCUCUGGGACGACAUCUACAAGCCCAAAAAGAGAAAACUCCAAGCGGGAGCACCGGACAUUGUCCACCGCAACCCUGCCCCCAACAAUCUCCGGUUCUCCAGCAAGGUCGACCCCAGUGCCCGGUGGGGGCCGAAACACGUCCGCACCAUGCAGCGCUACCACUCCGGACCCAACCAGGACCGGAUUGAAUACAUGGAACGACACGCUGUGCUGCGCGCCAAAGGCAUCGGCGUAUCGAUCGAGCAAGUGUCCAUUUUCCUGUGUGCCGACAACACCGUCAUCUCCUUCUUCGAGUACUCUGCGAACGACGUGCAGACGCCCAUCAUCCACCGACUGCAAUCGCCCGGCACCAUCUUGCGCCAGUCGGCCGACGCGUCGAUGCUGGCACAAGCGAUUCUCGACGCCAUCAUCGACAUGGCGCUCCCCGUCACGACGGCCUACCAAGACGCCAUCGGCGACCUGGAACUCGACGUGCUGACAGACCCGGCCAUCCACCAAUCGACCACUCUGUACAUUCUGACCUCGGAGAUCGCCAUUCUGCGCAACGGCAUCGCCCCGAUCGUCCAGCUGAUCGGCGCCCUGAAAGACCACAAGGCCGACGCCCAGGCCGCCACGCCAGCAUUCUCCCGGAUGCCCAGCUCGUCUCCCGAGCGGGACGGCCACGGCAACACUAACACCAACACCAACACCAACAAUCACAGCCAACCCGUCCAAACCCAGACCUACAAGCGGCCGCACUACGCCUUCAAAAUGCGCCAACAGUCCUCCCCCGGCAACUUCAUCACCUCCGGCGUGAGUAUCUCGCCCAUGACCAUCACGUAUCUCGGCGACGUGGAGGAUCAUGCCCUCCUGAUCCAGGACUCGUACGACCAAAUGCGCCGCAGCGCAGACAAUCUCGUCGACCUGAUCUUCAACACCGUGUCGGCGUACCAGAACGAGAGCAUGAAGCAGCUGACCAUCGUGACCUGCUUCUUCUUGCCGCUGAGUUUCCUGACCGGCUAUUUCGGCAUGAACUUCGCCACCUUCCCCGGCGUCAGCGAGCACAGUGAUGCCUUCUUCUGGGUCCUGGCCGCCCCCGUCAGCGUCGUCGUCUUCUUGCUCCUCAUGCGCGACGUCAUGAUCCGCGCCGUCGUGCGCUGGGCUAAUAAGACUCUCAUCGCGCGGGGGAGGAAGAGGAGGCUGGAAAGAUAG